CCGCGUCUCUCACCGCGCUUCUCCUUUCGCGCGGUUCCGGAGCCACGCAACUCUCUCGAGGCGCCUCCAACGCCUAAAUUUCCCCUCCGCCUUCACUUUUCGUACCGCUGGUGGUUCCAACGAUGAGCAUCGAUCGCGCUGCUCCGCUGAUUUUUGAUUCCGAAUUCGAGCUGUAUGACUGUAUUGAGCUUAUUCUCGUCCGCCGACAAAAUUUAUUAAGUAACUUCGAGAUGACAAGGUGGACAUGUCAAAUUUCACUUGCAAAUUACCUGACAUCUGCGAGCACAUGUGCUUAUCAAGUCAAGGUUGUCGUUGCAUAUUCGAAGACACUUUUUCUACCGCAUGAUUCCUGGUAUGUGACGUUUUACUCCCACGAUGCGGCCCUGGUGUACAUUGGUUAAGAAGUGGGGGCGCGCGAUACCUUAGAAGCGUUAGGGAACGGAGAGAGAGAGAGAGAGAGAGAGGAUAAUGUUCGAAAAUGAGAUGGAACAAGAUAGAACGUCGUAGCGCGCGCGAGAGCAAAAGAAUAAAAAAGUUCAGCACAGGAGAGAGAGAGAGAGAGAGAGAACAGGAGGGAACACUGCGGAGACCGCGAGAGUCGAAACUUCUAGCCUUAAGCAAUCUUUACCCCUCCGCCGAAUCGUCAAUCCCCCGCCCUUGACCACCCACCCGGCGACCCCCCUUUCCCCCUUUAAGGUGGUUCCGUGUUUUGCCGGGUGCCCGAAGAAAACAUCGAAAAAGCCCCUACAAAGCCUCGAUUCCGUGUAACAUUUGCAUCGCCACCGAUGACCCAUAUUCACAUUCUUCUCGGUGAUAUACAGCAACAGCGGUCCCUCAGUGUUGCGUCUUCCCUGUCCCUCUCUCUCUCUCUCUCUCUCUCUCUCUCUCUCUCUCUCUCCCUAGUUCCCUCUCGAACGGUCCGUUCCCGUCUCCUGUCGUCUCACGGUACCGCGCGCUACCGCCUAGCCUCCUCGUUCCCUCUCGCUCGCGCCCGCGAUUUUUCGACUGCCGCGCAUCGGUGGACCCUCCCGCCUCCCGCACGGCGACCGCGCGUACCCGGGCCCGGUCGUACCGCGAACGACGACAGUCACGCGCGAUUCGUUCAUAUGCCGAUGCGCGAUGCAAGCCGGUGACUCGAUUUCGGCCGGCGAGUGCGUAUAGUCAGUCGUCUAUUUGGUGCUCACGCAACCGAUGCGUCACUGGUCCCGGACGUACAGCGGGAUCGGCCGGGAGUUUUACUCGAAACUUUUCCACUCUUUCACGCGAGUUUUUAUACACUCUUGGUGAUACCAAUCGAUAUCGGUGAUACAACUGUGGACACUGUGGACACUGCACGCGCGGAUUAUAGGACACGUGCGCGUGGCUUCUUCAGGACUCUGUAACUUCUUCUGUUCUUUUUUCUCUUCUCCCGGUAGUGACGGCGUAUUCAUCCGUGACGCGAAACAGAGAGACUAAAGUGCAUUUCGGAGUAACGUCACCGGUUGUCAUUGUUGACGAUCGUGGAAGUUCGUGAAUGAAGUCAGAACGGCUGUUUCGCUUGUACUCGUUGACACGCCCCUGCCAUCGUUAACGUCUUCUUUUCUUCUCGCUCGGCGUCGUUACGUUAUCGUGGACGUCGCGGAAAUGCGGUGGAAUUUUGACAUGGCGCGGCCGGCAUCGUGCGAUCGCGGUUCGUGAUUGCCGAUAGGCAAGGCACUUCGCAUGCAACCGCGAUUCUGAAAAAUUGGAAUUGUUUAUGUUUGAUGUUUACCGCAACGACGUAACGCACGCGUGAAGCAACGAUUGUUGGACCACACGUUCGAUAAUUUCUCUGUCACGAUAAACAUAUUACGUACGGAGUCAGUGAAGCGAAAGAGCUGGACGAGCAAUUGGGCACGAGCGCGAUCAAGAAGGUAAAUAUCCAGGUGGCUGCAAAAGGAGCAGUGAAGGUCACGGAAUUAAGCCUAAGGGUGGCAUCAUGGACUUUCAUCAGCAGCAGUUUUGCCUCAAGUGGAAUAGUUUUGGCAGCAAUUUAGCAACGACGUUCUCGAAUUUAUUCAAAAGCGAGAGUCUUACCGAUGUCACCCUAUUUUGCGAGGGAGUUACGUUCAAGGCGCACAGGUUAAUCCUCGCAGCAUGCAGCAAGCAUUUUCAGGAGCUUUUCGAAGGAAUGCCACCUUCUCCCGCGGGAUUGAUCGUUAUUCUCGAUGGGACGAGUGCUCACAAUAUGGCGUCCCUCCUCGAAUUCAUGUACCGUGGAGAGGUACAUGUGUCCCAGGAAUCCCUCAGCUCCUUCCUCAAGGCAGCUGAAUGCCUUCAAGUUAAAGGUCUAUCCAUCAUCGAGCACGAAAAGUUGGCGGUAGCGCAGAGGCACGCUGCGGAAAGCAACACCUCCGCGGACGCAGAGAGCACUGGCGAUGUUACUGCUCUUCGUGGAGGCGGGGGUAGCGGAGGCGGUGGUAGCGUCGGGGGUAGCGUUGGCAGCGGUAGCGUCGGCAGUGGUAGCAUCGGUGGUACCAUCGGCAAUGGGGGCGGUGGUAGCGGCGUCGGUGAUGUGAGCGACAUGAGCGAGGCGGUCAGGAAUAUCAUGAAGAGGACCCCUACACCAGCGCCAUCGCCCGCUCCGGAAUACAUCGUACCCAAUAUGUACUCCACCUCUCCUUAUUGCGAGAGCCCGCCGAAGAGGGUGAUGAGAUCGCCAAGCGACGUCGAUACGUUAGGAAGAGCGAGCGUGUUGCGCGACGGCCCUGCCUUCCGGCCGGCGUCCGCCCCGCAUCCAUUGUUGAAAAAUCACUUCUAUCAAUCGUUCACCCAUCCUCCUGAAACUCAUUCGCAUUCCCACACCGCGCCACAUACGCCCACGGAACUGGAACAGCAGCUGGAACGAGCGCGGUCCGAGGAACGCAGCAACUGUGAUCUCAAGGAAAGCGUUGCCGAAGACCUUCGAAUAAAACAGGAGCCAGACCUUCGAAUAAAACAGGAGACCGAUCGAGACAGGACGGAGAAAUUGGCGGAGAGAUUGUCCAAGCGGGAUGACGAAGCUUAUCCCGGACGGGGGUUUGACGCGGGCUUGUACAGAUCGAACUCGGACCAUCUGCCUGGAGCACAGCUGGGUCCGACGAUGGUGCCGAUGCCGGCGGUUCAUCCGCCGACUCCCGAUCAGAGUCCCGCCGCGCCUCCCGCGCUCGCUAUGUGGAACACGAAGAUCAACAAGGCCAGCACUGUCUCUACUGUCGACGGCGGUAGGAAAUUAAAGUGCCCCUUCUGCGAGAGACUGUACGGCUACGAGACGAAUCUACGCGCUCACGUGCGGCAACGUCACCAGGGCAUCAGAGUACCGUGUCCGUACUGCGCGCGAACGUUCACCAGGAACAACACCGUCAGACGGCACAUCGCGCGAGAGCACAAAGCCGAGCUCAGCAUGAAGCAAGAAUUCCAGCAGUCCAACCAUUCGGUCUCGGACACUGUGCUCUCCAACAUCUCGGACACUGUGCUCCAGUAACAAUGUCUUCGGCGUCGCUGUCAUUCUCGCCGUCGCCAUCGCGGUCGCCGUCGUGGUCCACGUGCGGUGGUACCGGAAGCAACAAUUCCGGUAACCACUUCGCCAGAGUCGACCGCGAGACUGGACCGCGGUUAGAGCGUACGAGACGAGAGGAGAGGAGAGGCUGCAGUUAGGUACCUUCGUUUUCCCUUCGUCGUCGUCAGCGAACGCCGUCCCGAUUCCUCGUCGCGAGAGUGAUCUCUCCGCGUGCGCGUCUGGAAUCGUCGAGAAAUCAUCAACGAGGGGCACGACUAUGAAGAUUCGUAAUGGGGCAAGAAAAAAAAAACAUGAAGGAGGCACGGAACAACGAUGCGCACGGCGCCUCGAGCACGCUCGCGAAAACGCUGCGAAUCACAAAGCUAGUCAAUGAAAGUGCAACGGUCAAGUAAGGAUUAUUAACUAGGAGCUUUUUAAACGAGAGACGAGAGAUAGCGAGUGAAGGUAACGACCUGAGCAGCGAAUAUGGCGCAUAAACACGUACACGCAGAGCCGUUAUAGCGCAGGCGACUGCGACGAGAGAAACCAAUGUAAACUCAGGUAAACUUAAAUCGUGGCGCGAACGAGCGCCAGGAGAAAACGCUACCUUUUGAUAGUUCAACAUAGAUCGGAUUACUCGCCGUCGCAUUUUAAUCGUUAACGCCGUUAACCGGUUUACCUGUUUCUGGUACUACUAUCGCUGUUGAGAAGUCGAGCCUAUAGGAUCGCGACGUACCGAUGUGCGAUACCUAUAUCCAACACGUUACGUUUACGUUUACGCGCGCACCAGUGCCAAAGACAAGACGCUUUUUCUACUCUGGAGUAAUCACACGUUAAUUUUCAGUUUCGCCUUUUUAUACACUCGCGUACAACACGCACUCCACUAUUAAUAAAUAUAUAAUAAUCGCGCUGGGACCCACAUAUCCGAAAUCGCGCCAAGACGACACCCGACGAAGUACACACCUUUUAUACAGUUACGAUUUUAUAUAACGUUUACGAGAGAUUACACUGCGAUUCUAGGGCGGACGACUGUCGUGCGAUUAGCCGUGGGAGAGUCAUACAGCUGUUCACGCAGAAAUACUUCUUGGCGAAUGCGAAUGUACCUAGCACGUCGACCGAGCAAUAAUCACGUUGAUACAUCAUUAUACUAUAUUAUGUCGACAUCGAUUUUUCUGGAAAAAAAAAAAAU